UCCACGUUCUCCACUUCUCCCUCGCAGGACACAACAAGUGUUUGAUUCGCUGUCUGGUCGUGCAUAUUAAUGAGAAUGGGAUAGCGGGCAGCUUUUAAAAGAGCUGCUGCCUGCCUCUCCACAGCAAGCGAGGGGGAGAGAGAGACCUAAACGAGUGAUUGGAGAUUCAUCCAAGCGCUCGGGACGCACAGACGGAGUUGCACAAUCAGUGCUCCAAAGGGACCCCAAAAAGCUGAAAUCCCCAUUGCUCUUCACGUCUGCCUCCCAGUAGUGGAUGCUAUCUACAUAUCGAAAGACUUUUUGUUGAUAUUUCAGUAUUUACUGCUUUGGAAGGCUCCGGUUUUGAGGAACUUCUUUUAAAAAAAAUCUUUUUGGACUUGUGAAGACAUGCGUGGGUGCACGACGGUGCUGCUUUUGUUAGUGGUGGCCUUAUGCUGCCUGAGCGCAGAAGCUUACAAGUGCAGGUGCACCAGAAAAGGGCCCAAGAUCCGAUACAAGGAUGUGCAGAAGCUGGAGAUCAAACCCAAACACCCGUUCUGCCAGGAGAAGAUGAUAUUUGUGACAAUGGAGAAUGUGUCUCGGUUCAAGGGGCAGGAGUACUGUCUUCAUCCCAAACUUCAGAGCACUAAGAACCUGGUCAAAUGGUUCCGCAUCUGGAAGGACAAGCACAGGGUGUAUGAAGCAUAAAACCGUCGCUCUCAACACAAGGAUCGUGUGAGACAAACAAAGGACACCAACUCCACCAGGACUACAUUUGUGAAGUACAAGAUGUAAUCUGCAUUGAAGCUGUACUUCUACUUCCUCUGCCUGAGAUCUGUCAAGCGCAUCAAGAGAUAUCUACAAUUUGUACAUAGGCUGGUGGGCUCGCUUUAGUUGGCCAUCAGUGUAGUUACAGUCACUCACCACUCCAGUCUUUGCCACUGUAGUUACAUUUGUCAAAUUGUGGACAACGCCAUCUGUGUUCAAACAGUUGUAUGGUUGUUAUUCAAAGGGGCUUCUGUUCUGUUUUGGCUUUGGUGAAAAAUGUGCAAGAAAAAGAAAUUCUGAGGAAAGGCAAAUAUUUCUCUUAGAAAUACAGUGUAUUGGUGUUUAAUCAUUGCAGUUUCCACUUUUCCGUAUGACAGGUAUAUUUAUAUAAUCAGCGUAUAAGGUUUGGCUACAAGGGUGCAGUUGAAAUAACGGGAUAAAGGUUCUCCAUAAAUUAGAUUCUCUGUAUCUGUAGAGGAGAGUCAGUCAGUGUGUGAUUAUAUUUUAUACAGAAGUUGUUUUUAUUCAGACAGAUUAUGGAGGUCCGACAGUCAGUGUGUGUGUGUGUGUGUGUGUGUGUGUGUGUGUGUACGCAUCUGUGAGUGUUUUAACUGUUUCCAUCUUAAUAAAAAUUCCUCUUCAGAGGGACAAUGAAUCAAUUUUUUUGCAAACUGUUCUCAGACUAAGAGUGCAGAUUCAAUAAAUAUAAAAAAAUAUAAAAAAAUCAAACAGGUCAUUUGUGCCAUCACUGCUACAGUCUGUUUACUGGAAAUUGUCCAAAUAGGUCAUUACUAAGUACACUAAGAAUAUAAGAAUCCUAGCUGUUUAUGAUGAAUGACUAUAUGUUUCCAUAUUUUCACACUGGUUGAAAUAUUUUUUUAACUGACCUACAUAUCGUGGCAUUCUUAAAAGGAUGAGUCAGGCCUGCGAUAGCACCAGUAGACAGCAUCUUGAUUUUAAAACCUAUUUAAACUCUUUAACGCCUGCUGAAAAUGUAAAAUAAUAAUAAUUAGAAUAAUUUUAGGAAAUAUUUGUCAGACAGAAGUAAAAUGUGCUCUGGGCUUUACUGCACCUGCAACAGUAAAGCAAAAAUAAAUUACAGUGACAUUAUCAAUAGUUUCAAACUCUGCCCAGUGAAAUAGUCUGGCUUACUGGUGUGUUUUUUAUUAGUUUAUGGACAAUAAGGAAGCUCAGUGGCACAAAAGAAUGAACUAUAUCAAGAUUUGGUUACACAGAAAAAAGUUUCUUUUGUAUGUCUUCUUUUUUGUUGUAUGAUUUAUAUAUAUAUUUUGAUAGUAGAAAUGUUGGCUGUUAUCAGAAUUGUCAUUUAUGAUGGAGUUUGUGUUAUUUUGAUGUUAGAAAGGCAUUGGAAAAGUAAUGCUUUGCUAGGGACGAUUUGGCUGAAUAUAUAUAUAUAAAGAAGCAUUUUGGAAGUGGAAACAUAUAGCCUGUACGUUACUGAGAAUAAAGAAUAAAUUCAUCUUAAGACUUUAUAGCAUCAUGUAUAUUGUAUUACUGCAUUAUAGCUGUUUUUUGCUAUUUAAAUCUUGUUUUGGUAACAGAUUCUUGGAGGGUGUGUGUUUGAAAUAGCCCACCAAGCUCACUGUUAGACCUUCCUUAGAUUGUUAAACAAUAAACACAGCAAUAAAGUGUCUAUAGAGUGUC